ACCCCCACCCAAUCUGUUAUUAUUAUUUUUUUCUCUCUCGUUUAUUUUUCCUUCUCUCCUUACUGUCACUGUUUCUCCAUCCUGCAAGCCUGCAACCAUAAAACAAAUCUAAAAAAGCACCCAGAAAUCUUCCAUUGCAUUUUCCAAUCACUGCAUCAGACAUUAGCAGCUCCAGAUUUAUGUUAAAAACAUUCAGUAUUUGAGCAAUUAAGGACCUGAGAUUCACUCUAUUCUCUGUUUUUUUUUUUUUUUCUGGGUCGUUCGAAUUCGAGCUAGUUUGAUUCUGGGAGGCCUCGUUUUGGAUUGUUUUGGAGGUUUUUUAUCUGGGUUAGGCAAUUGAAAUGUGGACUAGCCGGCCAUUUUUCUGGGUCUUCAAGCCGAUUGAGCAAUCGCGGGCAAUUUGAUGGAACUGGAAGUGUUGGUGCCAGAGGUUUUCGACAUUUCAUGGAGGUUGCAGUCAGCCGUGGUUUAUGUGCCGGAUUCAGAUUUGACAGAAAGCUUCAAUUUGCUGCCUUUUUGUUCGAGCUUUUGUUGAUAUGGUCAUGGUUCCAAGCUGCUACCGGAAAAUCCCAGGAGGAACAACUGCAUUGGAAUGGCCCAGAAAAGGGAAGCAAGAACAUUAUUUCGCAUUCAUGCAUUCAUGAUCAGAUACUUGAGCAGAGGCGGCGACCAGGACGCAAGGUUUACUCUGUUACACCACAGGUUUAUGAGCAACCUGGUAUUUCAAAGCCCCUUCAACAUGCAGGAAGGACAUUGCUCAGUAUCCCUAAUUUGCCAGGGAAGAGAGAUGAUGCAAAGCAACCUAUAAGAAUAUAUUUAAAUUAUGAUGCUGUUGGCCAUUCUCCUGACAGAGAUUGUCGAACAGUUGGUGACAUUGUCAAGCUUGGGGAACCUCCUGUGAGUUCUCCUGGCAAUCCCUCUUGCAAUCCUCAUGGAGAUCCUCCAAUUUAUGGUGACUGCUGGUAUAAUUGUACCCUGGAUGAUAUAUCUGGGGAGGAUAAACGGCGGCGCCUUCGCAAGGCUCUCGGACAGACUGCAGAGUGGUUCAAGAGAGCCUUAGCAGUGGAACCUGUGAAAGGAAACCUACGGUUAAGUGGAUAUUCUGCGUGUGGACAAGACGGUGGUGUACAGCUUCCUCGGGAAUAUGUUGAAGAGGGUGUUGUUGAUGCAGACUUGGUUCUUCUGGUAACUACAAGGCCUACAACUGGCAACACUCUGGCAUGGGCAGUGGCAUGUGAGCGUGAUCAGUGGGGGCGUGCAAUUGCUGGACAUGUAAAUGUUGCUCCUCGCCACUUAACAGCCGAAGCUGAGAGUUUGCUCUCAGCUACUCUUAUCCAUGAGGUUAUGCAUGUUCUUGGGUUUGAUCCCCAUGCUUUUGCCCAUUUUAGGGAUGAGAGGAAAAGGAGGCGUAUUCAGGUCACUGAACAGUUAAUGGAUGAAAAGCUCGGGAGGAUGGUGACACGUGUGGUGCUUCCUCGUGUUGUUAUGCACUCAAGACAUCAUUAUGGGGCAUUCUCUGAGAAUUUUACUGGUUUAGAGCUAGAAGAUGGGGGAGGACGUGGCACAUCAGGAUCUCACUGGGAGAAAAGGCUUUUGAUGAAUGAGAUCAUGACAGGGUCUGUGGAUACAAGAUCAGUAGUUUCAAAAAUGACUUUGGCUUUAUUGGAGGACAGUGGCUGGUAUCAAGCCAACUAUAGCAUGGCAGACCGUCUUGAUUGGGGUCACAACCAAGGAACUGAAUUUGUUACCUCUCCUUGCAAUUUCUGGAAGGGUGCAUACCAUUGCAACACUACCCAGUUGUCUGGUUGUACAUAUAACCGGGAAGCAGAAGGUUACUGCCCAAUUGUAAGUUAUAGUGGGGACCUCCCUCAAUGGGCUCGCUAUUUUCCACAGGCUAAUAAAGGUGGUCAGUCCUCACUGGCUGAUUAUUGCACUUACUUUGUGGCCUACUCUGAUGGAUCAUGUACUGACACUAACAGUGCACGGGCUCCAGACAGAAUGUUAGGUGAAGUGCGAGGGAGUAAUUCCAGGUGUAUGGCCUCAUCAUUAGUACGUACUGGUUUUGUGCGUGGCUCCAUGACACAAGGAAAUGGUUGCUAUCAGCAUAGAUGUAUAAAUAAUUCGUUAGAGGUUGCUGUAGAUGGUAUUUGGAAAGUCUGUCCUCAAGCUGGUGGACCAAUUCAGUUCCCUGGUUUUAAUGGUGAACUGAUUUGUCCUGCUUAUCAUGAACUCUGUAGCACUGGACCUUUGCCUGUAUCUGGACAAUGUCCCAAUUCUUGUAAUCUCAAUGGGGAUUGUAUUGAGGGAAACUGUCAUUGUUUUCUAGGGUUUCAUGGUCGUGAUUGUAGUAAACGAUCCUGUCCCAGCAAUUGCAAUGGACAUGGCAAAUGCAUGUCAAAUGGAGUCUGUGAAUGUGAUAAUGGUUUUACUGGUGUCGACUGCUCCACUGCUAUUUGUGAUGAACAAUGUAGUCUUCACGGUGGGGUCUGUGAUAAUGGAGUUUGUGAGUUCCGCUGCUCUGACUAUGCAGGCUAUACAUGCCAGAACAGCUCCUCACUCCUCUCUAGUCUUUCAAUCUGCAAAAAUGUGCUUAAGAGUGAUUUAUCAGGACAGCAUUGUGCACCCAGUGAACCUAGCAUAUUACAGCAACUAGAAGAAGUUGUUGUCAUGCCCAAUUAUCACCGUUUAUUCCCUGGUGGUGCUAGGAAAUUCUUUAAUAGUCUAUUUGGCAGCAGCUACUGCAAUGCUGCUGCUAAGCGACUCGCCUGCUGGAUCUCAAUACAAAAAUGCGAUAAUGAUGGGGAUAACAGGCUCCGGGUAUGCCAUUCAGCAUGUCAGUCAUAUAAUUUAGCAUGUGGAGCAUCACUAGACUGCUCAGACCAAACCCUGUUUAGCGGUGAGGAGGAAGGUGAGGGUCAGUGUACAGGCUCCGAGGAAAUGAAACUUUCAUGGUUUAAUCGUUUGAGGAGUAGUAUAUUUUCAAAAGAUACUUCCAUGAAAGGAAUGUCUGUAAAAUAUGGGCAGCUUUAGCCUCUUUUCCUUUUUUCUUCUUUUUUCCCUCUUUACCUCACCCCUGAUGUUCAGCUAAUUUUGCCCUGUAUUUGCUCUAGGGUUUUAUUAUAGGGAAGGUGGCAUAUAAUGUUGUGCCCAGAUUUCUAGGUUUUCCUUGUGCUUGGCCCAAAAGUCAUUUAGAAAUUUUGGGUUGGAUUAGGCUUUCCAAGAUGAAAGCUGGAUGUAGAGAAAAUUGCAAAUGUAUUUGAGUCAGGAAAAAAAAAAUGUAGAGGUUAGGCCGAAGGCCUUGAAGAAAAUGAAAGUGUCAGUUUUUG